AUGUUGGGAAAUAAUUUUGUGGCGUUUAUGUUCGAUGAGAUUCGAUACGAGCUCGAUGGCGUGGAGAUUGAUCGUAACAGAAACGUAGGCAUAACUAGCGCGCUCAAAUACUACGUAACGACGUCAUUCGAGAGAAGCGUGAUUCUGAGAAAUGCUGGCUGGGAUGCGCGUACCAACGCGGAUGGAUAUUUUAACUUUUGCGUACCUCUCUACGUACUGUUGGGAUUCUGCGAGGAUUACAGACGCGUGAUAAUCAACGCUCGUCACGAGUUGAUCUUAAUACGAUCGCGCAACGACAACAAUUGCCUGAUGGGAAAUUCGACAUUGGAUCCCGUGAUCGACUUAUUCAAGAUACAAUGGCGAAUGCCGCGUCGUACAACCAAGCAUUCGUGGGCCAUUAAAACCGCUACUCAGCUAGAGAAGCCGCGAUAUGUCAUCUUCGCAAACAGGCCGAAAGAACAUUAUGACCAAGGACACGAACCGAUUCGGCGACUGCAACUUGACCAACGUGAAACUCUAUCUGAACUGAAAGAAUGUUAUCCGUACGAUGAUAUGAAUCUGGAUUUCGAAAAAAACAGAUGGUCUGUGUUGUACGAAACGUACACGCGUUUCUGCAAGAACUACUACGGAUACGAGUAUCUCGAGCCAAGUCUUACCUUCACGUCUUUUCUACGUUACGGUCCAUUCGUAAUCAUCGGUUGUUCUCGACAAAACGAAUCAGUCAAGAGCGCAACCGUAGAUGUGAGAUUGGAAUUUGAGACUAAGGAGAACGUACCGAUGAAUACCACCGCGUACUGUCUCAUUAUACACGAUCGCGUGAUUCAGUACAACCCGUUGACCAAUGUUAUACGCAAGAUCACCUAA